AUGGCUCCCUCUACUUGUCGUCAAAAGCACUCCUCACCUGUAAUUGUUUCAGAGUUAGAGGCUGAUAGCAGUGAAGAUAAUGCCAAUGCAUCUGAGGCUGGUACCAAUGCUUCUGAUAUGGGUACUGAUACCCUAGAUGAUGACCUACCAAGUGAUGAAGAGGACUACAUAUCUCCGCCUCCAACCCAGAGGCGUGGUGGCAAUUACAACAAGAAGAAAUCCAAUAGUACUGCUGAUGCAAUAAAAACUCACAAGAGGGUUCCAAAGAGAUCCCCACAGGCUGAUAUAAUGGAGCAUGAAGAUGAUGAGACACCAGCCAAUGAUGAGACUGAAGAGGAGGUCUCUGAUGACAAGCGGCUGCCUCUGAAGCUCAAGCUAUCACACAACCCUGCCUGUCAACUUGUUUUUGAUCGAGCUGUUGAAAAUCACAAGCUUGAGAAGGUCAAGGAGUUGACAAAGAAGAAUAAAAAGCAGGGCAAACGCACAUCAGAUGAUCCCUUUUUGGAAACCGACAAGCAAGAGUUAGUUCUUGAUGAUCUUGAGCCCACUGAGAUUCCCCAGUAA